ACUGACUCAGAAGAGACAAGUAAUGUGUAAUGUGCUAUGCAGAUCCUUCCAGAAUCAUUGUGUCCAAGUGAAAACUGAAUCAUUGGUUUCGGACAUAAAGGAGACUGAGAAAGCAUUAUGUUCAUUACGUUCUGCAAAAGGGGAGUUGGAGUGGGAUGCUGAGGGAAGACCUCCUAUAAAGAAAACUGCAACAUUUGGGUACAAGCUCCUUGUACAGUACAAGGAAAGGGAGAAUCUCUGACUGCACAGGAGUUUUCUUUCUUUGUAUAACAUGGAAAACAAUACGAAUGUGCACAUUAAGGAAGAAGACUGUGAAUGGGAAUGCAUGCAACAUCAGAUGAAUAUUUAUAGCAUUGAGGAAAAAGAAGAUUGUAAAUUGGGACUAAUAAAUGUUAAAAGAGAAUCUGAGCCAACAUCAGAUACAAGUGACUUGCAGCUAAAUACAAUUGUAAUCCAUGUCAAGGCAGAAGACUUCAAAUCAGAGGCUGUCUCUCAACUUGUGUGUCCAGAAGAAGAGCUAACUGGAACAGACUUCACAAAAAGUACAUCUCACUCUUUCCAGAAUGAUCAUGUCCAAGUGAAAACCGAACCUUUGGAUUCUGACAUAAAGGAGACAGAGAAUGCAUCAUGUUCAGCACAUUCUGGAGAAGAUUUGCAAGAAAGAUGGACCAUCUAUCAACCUUCGUUUUUUGAGGCCUCUCUUCAUUGUAGACCACAGCAAAACGAAAAUGUGAAAAAACUGACAUCAGAAUCGGAGAUUUUGACACCAGCCUCAGUGACAUAUAGUUCUCCGCGUGUUGUGAAAUUAACAAAGGAAAGCAUCAUCAACACUCAACAACAGAUGCAUGAUUCAAAAUCUGCAGCUCUGGAUGUUUGCCAAAAGCAGACAAGAACAUUUAAAGAUAAAUCGAGAUUCAUACUUCACAGGGGUCACACACAACAGAAGCCAUACUGUUCUAAAUGUGGAAAACAAUUCUGUAGCAAAAGCAGUCUUGAAACACACAAACGAAUACACACUGGAGAGAAGCCAUAUUGCUGUUAUGAAUGUGGCAAACAAUUUAACACCAGUACUCAUCUUAAGACUCACACAAGAAUUCACACAGGAGAGAAGCCAUAUUGCUGUUCUGACUGUGGCAAACAAUUCUCAAGGAGUAAUUCUCUUCAGGUUCAUUCAAGAACGCACACUGGAGAGAAACCAUAUUGCUGUUCUGAGUGUGGUAAGCAAUUCUCUACUAAUAGCAGUUUUCAGAGACAUAAAAGAAUUCACAAUGGAGAAAGGCCUUAUCAUUGUUUGGAAUGUGGCAAAGAAUUUUCUGAUAUAAGCAAUCUUAAGAGCCAUACAAGAAUUCACACUGGAGAGAUACCAUAUCACACUUCUGAAUGUGGCAAACAAGUUUCAGACGAAAGCAAUUUUCAUGCUAAUACAAAAACUCACAAAGGAGAAAUGCCAUAUAACUGUUCAGAGUGUGACAAAGGAUUUAGCACAAAUGGCAAGCUUCAGAUCCAUUUUAAAACACACACUGGACAAAGGCCAUAUUGCUGUUCUGACUGUGGAAAACGAUUCUCUAGGAGUAGCAGAUUUGAAAGACAUAAAAGAUUUCAUAUUGGAGAACGGCCAUAUCGGUGUUCAGACAGUGGCAAACAGUUCUUUGAUACAAGCAAUCUUCAAAUUCAUACAACAAUUCACACAAAAGAUAGGCCAUACUGUUGUUUUGAAUGUGGCAAAGGAUUUAGCACAAAUGGCAAGCUUCAUGUCCAUUUAAGAAUACACAAUGAAGAUAAGCUUUAUUGCUGUUCUGACUGUGGCAAAAUAUUCUCAAGGAGUAGUACUGUUCAGGUCCAUUCAAGGGUACACACUGGAGAGAAGCCAUAUUGCUGUUCUGAGUGUAGUAAACGAUUCUCUACCAGUAGCAGUUUACAGAGACAUAAGAGAAUUCACAGUGGAGAGAGGCCAUAUUGCUGUUCUGAAUGUGGGAAACAAUUUAACACCAGUACUGCUCUUCAGACCCACACAAGAAUUCACACAGGAGACAAACCAUAUUGCUGUUCUGACUGUGGCAAACAAUUCACAAGAAGAAGUUCUCUUCAGGUUCACUCAAGAAUGCACACUGGAGAGAAACCAUAUUGCUGUUCUGAGUGUGGUAAGCGAUUCUCUAGUAAUAGCAGUUUUCAGAGACACAAAAGAAUUCACAAUGGAUAGAGGCCUUAUCAUUGCAUAUAUCAGAAAAAUCUUUGCCACAUUCUAAACAAUCUUAAGAGCCAUGCAAAAAUUCAAGCUGGAGAGAUACCAUAUCACACUGUUGAAUGUGGCAAACAAGUUUCAGUCAAAAGCAAUUUUCAUACUAAUACAAGAAUUCACAAACGAUAAAUGCCAUAUAGCUGUUCAGAGUGUGACAAAGGAUUUAGAACAAAUGGCAAGCUUCAGAUCCAUUUAAAAAUACACGCCGGACAGAGGCCAUAUUGCUGUUGUGACUGUGGAAAAUGAUUCUCUAGGAGUAGCAGAUUUGAAAGACAAAAGAUUUCAUAUUGGAGAAAGGCCAUUUUGGUGUUCAGACAGUGGCAAACAGUUCUUUGAUACAAGCAAACUUCAAAUUUUACAACAAUUCACACAAGAGAAAUGCCAUACUGCUGUUUUGAAUGUUGCAAAGGAUUUAGCACAAAUCGCAAGCUUCAAGUCCAUUUAAGAAUACACAAUGGAGAGAAGCUUUAUUGCUGUUCUGACUGUGGAAAAAUAUUCUCUACCAGUAGCAGCGUACAGAGACGUAUGAGAAUUCACAGUAGAGAGGGGCCAUAUUGCUCUUCUGACUGCGGCAAACGAUUCACUGAUAAAAGUAAUCUUCACACAAGAAUUCACAACGAAAAAUGUGAAGUAAAUGGAAUAUUAUUUACUGUCGUAAAUAUGACUGAAGAUUGAGGUUCACUCCUUUCUUGUUAGUAAGCAUGAUAAACAGAGUAAGAAUUCCACUGAAUGUUCUAUUUACUAGCCCCUGUGAUUGAUGAAUACAUACCGUAUGUGAAGUUACUGGGAAAAGUGCUAGCUUGUUAUUUGCAAACUGGUACAUCCAAAUCAGACCAGGUUUAUUACAAUUCACCACUCUGCUGACAGUGUGCUUUAAUCUCUUGUGUAUUAUCAACAGUGACCAUUCAAAUGCCCUACUGCACUUUUUUAUUAGAUACAGAGGCUUUUGACUGGCACAGUUAGUACUAUCUAGGGAGAGUCUUGGAAACCCAAUGUUGACUCCUUUUCAUUUGUUUUAUUUAUUCAAAAUGUUCCUUCUUUUUUGUGUUUAGGCAGCAUCAUGUUGUCUUCUGUUAAAAGCAUUGUUUCUUCUAAUUUUGACAAUGCAGCUAAGGAUUUUAAGCAUUCUAUCAGCAAAUGAAUCAACAUGUCAUUAUUCCAGCUUUAAUUAGAUAUCAUACAGAUAACCACCCUUGCUUCUUUAAAGUUUCUGAGUCCAAUGAUCCCACUCCCAAAUUCUCCCAAAUAUUAGAAACACAUCAGACGUCUCAUGUAUAACGCCAUGCAUAGAACUCUCACUAAAACAUGGUGUACGGACAAACAUGGAAAUGUGCAUAUUCACAAAAAAAUCCAGAUGCAUUAAACUGUGUGUACACCAGGUUCCAUGCACUUCCCGUACCGUCUGAGUGUCUUACGGAAGUGUAUUACGGUACAGAGAAAUAAAUAGGAAUAGACUGAAAUGUAGACUUUAAUCUCAAAAGUUUAUUUUGUUAUCGAAGUUGAAUUUCAUACGUUUCAUCUUAAAAUCAUUUUAAUUUGCUAGUGUUUUUUCAAAUCCCAUCAUAACUAAAGUUGCAUGUUAAGUUCUUCAUGUUCUCUGUGUGUGAAUCACUACGUGCUUCUUAAGCGGACUUUCUCUGACACAGGAGGCUUAUCAAGGUCAGAGAAUAUGGUAAGUAUAUACUGAAGCAUGCUUUCCAGGAGAUCAUGAACAUCUCUGUCUUCACAAAAAUCUCUGAAACCACCAGACAGCUUUGAGUAUCCAUCAAAUGUACUAGACUCCUUGUCAAACAGGUUAUAAAACUGCAAGUUUUUCUCCUGGCUCCUUUGUCAUGGCAUGCAAUCUGGUGUACAAGGUGUCAAUGGCCUCGCUAACUUCAAAUAUCAGCAAGUCUUUGCUCUGGAAAAGAGUUGAGGUGGCUGUAAUAACAGAAAGUACAUCCAUCAUCAGAUAUAGAUAUUUAAUAAAUUUUACUUGCUUGAGGUCAUGUAGGAUGGCUUUAGCCUGCCCCAGUUCAUCUGCCUUGUUUGAUGUGGAAUGUAUCUGUUCCAUGUGGGUAAUAGUUACAUGUAAAUCCUGGCUAACAGCUUUCAGUGCUCUGGACUUUGAUGAUACCCAUCUGAUGGCUUUUAUUUCUGAAUGCAUAAGCAAGGUUUCAUCCAAAAUUGACGUAAGAUUUUGCAGCUCACUUCGUCUCUUUGGUGAAAAAGAAUCAAACUUGCAGAUGCGCUUAAUGGUGUCUUCAAACUUUUUCAGAUAGGUGUACUUGAUGCUGUAAAAGACGUAAGCAAACUCCAGUUUAUGUGCCACACAAUGUGUAACAAGAACUUUGUUACUUACACAAUCACUGAGCUUUCUGGCAACACCAUUUUUAGCUCCAAGAUUAACUGCUGCACCAUCAAGAUUAAUGCACACAAGCUUUGGGUCAUUGUCUCCAAUUUUUUCAAUAUCAAUGCCACAUUUUGACAAACCAUUUUUUAUGGCAGCAACAACACCAUCUGCUCUGGCAUUUUCUAAAUUCUCAAUGCUAGCCAAGGCUGUGUAGGGAUCAAACGUUUCUGGAUGAACGUACCCCAGUAGUAUACCUUCUUGGUCUAUUACUGAUGAGUCGAUGCUUGAGUCACUCAUGACUGAAAAGAAUCUGACAUGUUUCAUGUGGCUUGAGACAUCAUUCAAGAAAACAGACGAUAUUGACUUCACAAACUCAACACAGGCGUCCCUGCCUCGAUGGUCACUCCCUAAAUUUACACCAUUCUUUUCCUGCACAGAACACAAAUUGAAAGUCAGUAAAUGGCCUUUUGUGCUUAGCAACAGCAUAAGCAGUAUUGAACAGCCUAGCAUAACACUCAACCUCCGAGCGUUCAACUUUAGAAAACGCUUUUUCAAUUGAACCAACUUUUUUCUUACUUUUAGACUCAUGCUUUGACAUACAGGCAAUGUGUUUCGCAGACAGCUGAUGUAACAGUAGUGUGUCUUUUCUGUUGACUUUCUUUGCCGGUAAAUAAUGUGGAUGUUUUGUCGGCAAUAAGUGGAUACUGACGGCAAAUUUGGCAAAAAAACGGAGUCAGUGUUGUCUGCAUUUACCCACGGAAACUCUUGAAAAGACCGUUUUCAUUUUUUAUCAUACUCACAGUCCCUUUCAGCUUUUUUUUUUCUUUUCUUGCCCUCAUUGUCAGGUUUUUUAGGGCCUGUUGUGCCAGUUUUAAUCAAGAAACGAUCCAUUUCUCAUCUGCGAUGCUACUUGCUUCAGUUUCAGCAACACGCAUAUAGCGAGAAAAACGUGCUUACCGCAUAAUGACGUAUUCAAAAUUCCACAAGAUGGUACAUUUCCAAAGAAGUAAAUAUUACCAAUGUUGUCGGGAAUAAAUAAUCACGUCUAAGUGAAGAUUUUUAUAGAUCUUUCAUAACAUUUUAAACCGUUAGAAUUUUUUCUUCUUUAUUUUUAAUAAACUGACAGCGCGAAACCAACUUGUUUUAUAUGAAAAAUUCUCUAAUUAAAAAUGAUCUAUAGGCAGCUCAUAAAAAUCGAUGUUGUCACGCAAUAAAUUUCUUAACUCCUCAAUAUAUCACAACCUACGCGAAAUCACAAAUUUCAGGAAAGAUUAACUGCCUAACAAGCUUUGUUUUGUGGUGAAAACAUUUGCAUUGUAAUGACCGCAUUUUUACGUAGAAACAAUGAAUUUUAUCAAUAACAUAUAAAAGUUAUCGAUUACGAUGUAAUCUGAUGAUUUUUCAUUAUAAUGUCGGCAUUAAAAAAAAUGACCACAUCUCCAAGCGUGUAAAUAGUAGGGCAAAAUACUUAUGUAAGCCCGUAAGAGUGCUUCCCCUUUGAAAAAUCAGCCGUCAUUUUGUAAACAAUAUUGAAGACCAACGUAACACAUGAAGAACAUGCCUAAGUAGACUGUUUCCGCACGAAGUAUGUACCCAAAUGUUUAAAAUUUGAAAGUAGUGGUAAAAAUGUGCCCUGCACAGCACAUAUACUUUUUUCUCCAGAAAAUUGCACUUGUCCAUGGACAACUGAAACCAGAAAAACACGCUUGUCUGACGGUCAAUUUACCCGUGUCGGACGAGUCGGGCGUUGGAUUUCUGCACCCCUAAAUAAGAACACUGGAUGAAGAAGCAUAUAAAUACUAGACAAUAAAGAAUGAAUUGAUGGUGUGCAUCUCAGUCUAUCUGUAAAUUAUGAGGAUUUUUCCAGUAUUGUGAAUAUUUGCCAUUUCUGGUAGAACAAUAACUACUGCCAGCUGCAAAGAUUUUGAUACAGAAUGACCCAUCGCUAUUGAACAUAGACACAGCAUUUGUAACAACAUAAAGUGAAAUUAACAUUAUAAAAGUUACAUUAAAUGAAAUUCAAUUACGCUAACUCACUACAGACUACGGAUGCUGUUUUUGUUUUCAAAUUUCAAAUGCAGUAAUAUGUUUAUUGCAGUUUGCAUUCAAAAUUAGUUUGAAGUUUUCACAUGUUUGCAUUUGAUAUCAGAUUACACCAGGCACGCUAUGACACAUUGUCUGUAAAUUAAAC